CAGUGGGAAUCUUUAGGAAUGUACUAAUAACAUUUCCACUGGAGGCUCCUGAGUGAGGGGAGGGCUGCCUGCGCUGCCUGCUGCUCCAGAGCUGUGGGGAAGGGACUCUCAGUAUAACGCUGUGCAGCAGGGAAGGAUCUGCUUGUGGCAGCGCUGCGCUUCUUGCUGCUGGAAGAGAAGGGACGGGAUCCGGCAGGUUCCACUUGUGGGUGUCAGUCGGGAUCCCCAGCUGCUGGGGCGAGUAACACGUGUGCCCAAGGGAUCGGGACAUCUGAGCCGAGCUGGUGAGUGUCAGGCUGGGAGUAGAAUGGAAGUGCCUCUGAGCGAUCCAUCACACACUGGCCAUCUAGAGAUCAGCUGCGACCUGCUUCUGUUGCACUCCAGCUGAGACUGAACUACAACUUUCAACAUCUUCACACUGGGCUUGUUGAAAAAAAUGGACAAGUGAUUGCAGCCUGGAUCCAGGGUUGCAUUGGAAUACUUUUUACAUAUAUCAUUCCUUUGGAUUUCCAGAUUUUUAACUUUACUUGACCUUUAGUGACAUUUGCCUUGUUGGAGGAGCAUCAUGGCCUCUAGUUUGACAUGCGCCGGAGUAAUAUGGGCGUUACUGUCAUUCCUAUGUGCUGCAGCAUCUUGUGUUGGAUUCUUCAUGCCAUAUUGGCUGCUGGGUAGCCAGCUGGAUAAGCCCGUAUCAUUUGGAACCUUCCGCCGGUGCUCAUACCCAGUACGGGAUGAAACCCGCCAGACCACUUUUAUGGUUGAACAGUGUGGCCGCUAUGCAUCUUUCGAGGCAAUCCCAAGUCCUGAGUGGAGGAUCUGUACGAUAGUUACAGGCCUAGGUUGUGGCCUUCUGCUUUUGGUUGCCCUGACGGCAAUGAUGGGUUGUUGUGUGACUGAGCUCAUCUCUAGGACCGUGGGAAGAGUGGCCGGUGGGAUACAGUUUCUGGGAGGGUUGCUGAUUGGAGCUGGCUGUGCUUUGUAUCCCCUGGGAUGGGACAGUGAAGAGGUUCGGCAGGCAUGUGGGAAUUUGUCCGACCAGUUUGAACUGGGCACCUGUAGAUUUGGAUGGGCAUACUAUUGCACUGGAGGGGGGGCUGCAGUUGUCAUGCUGAUCUGCACCUGGUUAUCUUGUUUCUCAGGCAAGAAGCAAAAGCAAUACCCUUACUAGAACCUACUGUGAAAUAAGUGUGCUGGGCUAUCAAAGACUCGCAAGGACCAGAAGGGUAGUUUGAGAAUGGUGCUUUGGCACUUACCAACAGGACAGUUACCAUCACGACGGCUGGAGUGAGCUUUUCACAUCUUCACGGCGCACUGUCCUCGCUAAUGGACAUUCAUUCACAUGCACCAUAUUCUGAGGCCAAGUUCUCUAGAAUGUGGUUGGUUACCUCCUGAGGAUUUCACAAGCUUUUAAGAUGCCAGAAUUUUUAUCGCUUUGGUGAAAGGAACAGCGAUCUCACUUUUUAUACUUCAGCGAAAGCACAAACCUGCUGCAAGCAAGUAGCACAAAGCUGGGCUUUUAAUGCAGCCUCCUUUAGCCCAGGAAUGUCCAACAUGCAAACCUCUAGCUGUGGGAGCAGUCAUGGUAUCACAGGUUGGACAUCUCUGAUAAAGCCCCUUUGACACUAGUUGGGCCACAAGUCAUUCAGGGGCAUAUAUGUAGCGGUCAGGUUGCCAAACCUAAUAAUGGCAAUUAGUGCAUGUUCCCAGCUAUGUUACUGCCCCCUCUGGUAGGAAAGGGUAUAUUUCAGUAUUAGUGUUUUUUCUAUUGCUAUAAUAGCUUCUGUAAAAUAUUGUUUGGACCAUUCUGCACAGUUUUUAUAAUUUUGUGUAUAUGUAUCUUGAGGUUAAUAUAUAUAUAUAUAUAUAACACCUCAGGAGCACAAAGGGCUCCAGUGUAUUGUGUUAAAGGGGAAAUAUGACUAUGUACUUUCAUUAGAAGGAGUUAUCUUCCAUCAUUUUCUGUUCCUAUACAUGUAUACAUAUACAAUAUAGGAGUUGGAUGUCUGUGCUGAGGAAUUCUCCAUCAGUGGCCUAUUAAAAAUCAUUUAGAUAAUAAUAAAACAUUAUAUAUAAGUUUGUACAGUCUUCAGAGUAGAUUAGCAAAUACACAGAGGUAAAACCAGGAGGAUAUUAUUUACAUGAAAGUGUGGGAAAUGAAAUGGAAGGAAGCUGCUUAUAAAUAGGGUAUAUGUUUGACUUCUAACAGGGUCCAUUUUUUAAUACUUUGCAAACAAUUUUGCCACCAAGUUCCCUGAGCUCUAAUUGUCCCCAUUGGUCCCAGCUCUUUAUACUUAUUAUAGGUAAUAUUUGUUGUGUUCCUACAGUGCCCUUAAUAAUUAUGUUAUAUAACCAUUUCUAGUACUUGCCUUUUAAAUGCUUAUGUUCAGUAUAGGCACCUAGAAACCAUAUUUUGUCAUUACGUUACACUAUGUCUAUUACCACUUUUGUAAACCACGUACCUGUAUUAUAAUAUGUUUGUAUAUUAAAACAAUAAAAUGUGUAUAUAAUUUUUUUUCUUUAAA